AUGGCGGAUGGCGAGGGAGAUGACGACUUCGGCAGUCCCAGUACGAGCAGAAGGUCAAAUGGCAACGGUUAUGGUAGUUCACGCAAGGGUAAGAAGCGGUUGAGCGACGGAGGACAAGAACAAGAAGCUCUUCUGGGUAUCUCGAUGGGGAGAGAGCGGCUAGUAGGAGAUGAACUGUCUGCUGGGGUGGGUCUUGUCAUAUCUCAUCAUGAAUGUGCGCCUCGGCUGACGUGGAAGGAUACAGCCAAAACGGCUUAUACUUCACCUUCUUCAAAACCUCCCAAGACGAGAGAUAAAUCGAGGGUGAUACCUCUUCAACCUUCUCCUGGCCGCACUACUUACGCCCCAAACGUCGUCCGCAAUCAAAAAUAUACAAUCUUAACAUUCCUCCCAUUAGUCUUCUAUGAACAAUUCAAAUUCUUCUUCAACUUUUAUUUCCUUGUCGUUGCGCUCUCCCAAUUCAUUCCUGCUCUCAAAAUCGGUUAUAUCGUGACUUACAUCGCACCCUUGGCUUUUGUCUUAGCUGUGACAAUGGGUAAAGAAGCAUAUGAUGACUAUUGUCGAUUCUUACGAGAUCGAGAGGCUAAUUCCACUCGUUAUGCCAUUCUUCUUCCAGUUUCAUCAUCUUUGCGGUCUCCUGACGAUACACAUUCCCGACCACAGACACGAUCGAUACCUUCUUCAUCUAUCAAAGUGGGAGAUAUGGUAUUGUUGGAAAAGAACCAACGUGUACCGGCAGAUAUGGUCUUGCUCGUCACAAGUGAAGAAGAAGGAUCAUGUUUCAUUCGGACUGAUCAACUUGAUGGGGAAACGGAUUGGAAGUUGAAAGUUGCGGUGGGUGAAACUCAAAAGAUGGGGGAGUUAAGUGUGUCCGCAGCGGAGGGAAGUCUCUAUGCCGACCCACCAAUCAAAGACAUCCAUACCUUCUAUGGAGUCUUGACGCUUCACUCAACCGACCCCGGUCCGCAGACGGAGACAUCAAUACCAUUAUCGGUGGAGAAUAUCCUAUGGGCCAAUACUGUCUUGGCCGCUGGUUCGGCUAUCGGUUUGGUGGUAUACACUGGUAAAGAGACUCGAGCGGUUCUCAAUACCAGCGAGCCAGAGACGAAAAUGGGUACUCUGGAGAAAGAGGUGAAUAAGAUGGCCAAGAUUCUGUGCACCGUCACCUUCGCUUUGUCCGUCUUUCUGGUGGCUCUCAACGGCUUCAGAGGACAGUUCUAUAUCUACGUCUUUCGGUUUUUGAUCCUUUUCUCUUCUAUCAUUCCUAUCAGUCUUCGUGUCAACCUUGACAUGGGCAAAAUGGUAUAUGCACAUCAAAUACAGACCGACCAUGAGAUCCCCGAGACCAUAGUGCGUACUAGCACACUUCCAGAAGAGCUUGGUCGAGUGGAAUACCUACUUUCGGACAAGACGGGAACUCUGACUCGCAAUGAAAUGGAGCUGAAGAAACUUCAUAUGGGCACCGUCGUCUUCGGCUUCGACUCGAUGGAUGAAGUAGCGAAUCUCCUCUCCACGACAUUUGGUGACGAUACCGGUGACACAAGUGCCGGUGGUCCCAGGAAAGGUUCCUACGCCACUGGAAUGACCCGUGGUAGAAGAGACAUGUCCUCCCGUGUCAGAGACGCUGUCAUCGCUUUGGCUACAUGUCAUAAUGUCACACCUGUCAUUAAUGAUGAUGGUAGUGUCACCUACCAAGCUUCUUCUCCCGACGAAGUGGCCAUUGUACGAUGGACAGAAUCGGUCGGGCUCACUCUCACUUCUCGAGAUCGGACAAGUAUGACUUUACGUUCUUCAUCCGGUCACGUAUUCACAUUCGACAUUCUUGCGGUUUUCCCCUUCACAUCGGAAUCAAAACGAAUGGGUAUCAUCGUCAGGGAUAGGAACACAGGUCACACUAUGUUCGUACAGAAAGGUGCGGAUGUUAUCAUGUCCAAAUUGGUGCAGAAGAAUGACUGGUUGGAUGAGGAAUGUGGUAACAUGGCUCGUGAAGGUCUCAGAACUUUGGUUCUUGCUCGAAAGCGAUUAUCUGAAGAGGCGUAUAGCGAAUUCGACAAACGAUACAAACAAGCACAGUUGGUUGUUGGGGAAGAAAGAACGACGACCAUACAAAAAGUCAUUAGUGAAUGUUUAGAAGUAGAUUUGGAGCUUUUAGCGUUAACUGGAGUUGAGGAUAAAUUACAGGAAGAUGUGAAAUCGACAUUGGAGUUGUUACGAAAUGCAGGAUUGAAGAUAUGGAUGUUGACUGGUGAUAAGAUUGAAACAGCUACCAAUAUCGCUGUUUCUAGUAAAUUAGUAGCUAGAAAUCAAUAUAUCCAUCAAGUCUCAAAACUGAAGUCAGCGGAUCAAGUCAGGGAUAUGUUGGAUUUCGUAUCUGCCAAAGUGGAUUGUUGUCUCGUCAUUGAUGGCGAAUCUCUUCAAUUAUGUCUCGAUAGGUUCCGAACGGAGUUCAUCAUUCUCGCUACUCAAUUACCUACCGUAGUAGCCUGUCGAUGUUCCCCUACUCAAAAAGCAGAUGUGGCUCGGUUGAUACGUGAAUUUUCGAAAAGAACAGUAUGUUGUAUUGGUGAUGGUGGUAACGAUGUUUCAAUGAUACAAGCUGCAGAUGUUGGGGUGGGUAUAGUUGGAAAAGAAGGAAAACAAGCAUCUUUAGCAGCGGAUUUUUCAAUCACACAAUUCUCUCAUUUGACAAAAUUACUUUUAUGGCAUGGAAGGAAUUCGUAUAAACGUUCGGCUAAAUUGAGCCAGUUUGUCAUACAUAGAGGAUUGAUCAUUGCUGUCAUUCAAGCAGUUUUCAGUUCUAUCUUUUUCUUUGCUCCUAUCGCUCUAUAUCAAGGAUGGUUACAAGUCGGUUACGCUACUGUAUAUACAAUGGCACCGGUAUUCUCACUAGUACUGGAUAGAGAUGUAAACGAAGAUUUAGCUCUUCUGUAUCCUGAGUUGUAUAAAGAACUCACAAAGGGCCGAUCAUUGAGUUAUAAAACUUUCUUCACAUGGUUGACUAUCUCUGUUUACCAAGGCGGAAUUAUCAUGCUUCUUUCAUUGUUACUAUUCGAAUCGGAAUUCUUACAUAUCGUCUCUAUUUCUUUCACUGCGUUGGUCAUCAAUGAAUUGAUCAUGGUCUCAUUGGAGAUUACCACUUGGCAUACGUAUAUGGUCUUGUCGGAACUUGGUACUGCAGCGAUUUAUUUUGGUUCUAUGGCUGUACUUCCUGAAUAUUUCGACUUGAGCUUUGUGCUUUCAUUGGCAUUCGUUUACAAAGUCGCCAUCAUCGUAGCAGUCUCCAGCAUACCAUUAUACGUCAUCAGGGCUGUUCAGAGAAGGUUCAAACCCGCGUCGUAUGCCAAAGUAGCGAGUGUAUAG